GAAAGCGAACUUGGGCUGAUCAUCAAGCUGAGCUGGCUGUGAUCGCUCGUGUUCUUGUGCUGGCUUGUCACCACGGUUUUUUGUGUGUGUGUGUGGAUGUUUUGAUAGAAAGCACGUAUCUACGCCUCGCAUAUUUUUGUGCACACUCUGAAUUGCGUAACUGUCAAGACAACAUUUUGAAGAUCUAAACCAGCACACUUAUUUCGACGACAUGGAUUCCGCCAAUCAAGACAUCAAUUUGAACUCUCCACAUAAAGGCCUGGGCACUGAUUCUCUCUCAGAUGUGCCAGAAGAGAGAGGGGCAGUGGCUGUGAAUCCAGUGACUCUCCCCCCUGGUCUAACAGAGGAGGAGGCUGAGGAACUGAGACUGGAGCUCACCAAGGUUGAGGAAGAGAUCCACACCUUGAGGCAGGUGCUGUCGGCUAAAGAGCGCCACGCAGCGGAGCUGAAACGUAAACUGGGCCUGAGCCCCCUGAGUGAGCUCAAACAGAACAUCACCAAAAGCUGGCAGGACGUCCAGACCUCAAAUGCCUGUGUGACAGUGACAGAGAGGCUGGGCCAGUGGAAUGAGAAGGUUACAGGGUGCGAUAUAUAUCUUUCAGCUUCUGCCACUCUGGAUGACAUUGCCAGCUCUGAAGUGUAUAAAAAGACUCAGGAAACACUGUCUCAGGCUGGACAGAAGACAUCGGCUGCCCUCACCACCGUGGGCACAGCCAUCAGCAGGAAACUGGGGGACAUGAGAGCUCUCCCUUUCUCUAACUCCUUUGGUAGCAAUUACUCCAUUCGCCAUUCAAUAAGUAUGCCAACUAUGAGAAACUCUUCAACCUUCAAAUCAUUUGAGGACAAAGUCGGAAACAUCAAGCACAAGGUGGUUGGAGGAAAAGCCAAUGGUGAAAGCGACCACUCUCCGAAUGAGUCAAACCCAGUGCAGGACAAUGCGCCGUUCUGAGAGCCCACCCUGCUGACUUAAACACUCAUCUCAUUUCCUUGUGAAUCCUGACUACACCCACACUUCAGUUCUCCCUCCCUUUCUCUCUCUCUCUAUUUUAUCCCUCCUUCCACUGACACCCCUCCAUCUACUGCUAGCAUGUGCUUGCCUCAUCUUUCCAUUAAAAAUACACAGUACAGUGUCAUGAAAUUAUCACAGGUUGUACAAAAAAAAAAAAAAAAAAAAAUCUAAUUUCGUAUUAGAAACUAUUUUACACUGCUUUGCAUAAUGUUUUUACAUAACUUUUAUCUAUAUAUGAAUAUAAAGGAAUAUAAAUAACUAUAUUUAAACAGUACUGCCAAGCAGCAUUCAUCAGAUGGUAGGGGGGUAAAAAAAAAAUAAAGAUGCAACAUUUAAACCUGAAGGGGGGAGGAUAUUGGACAUAUAUGAAAAAAAAUGCUGCAGGUUUGUAUGCUGCUGAGCAUUCAGUCCAGUUAUUUUCUACUCUCAGUACAAUGUGAAGCCAUGCUUUGCUGUACACUUGUGAAUGACCUUCUCAGUCGGCCUUACACUCACUAUAUUGAUCAAUCUCUUUUUUUUCUGGAAAGACAUGUUACAUUAAGUUGUUUUAUUCUCUUUAUCCUCUUUGUACCUUUUGCUGUUUCUUGCUCACGUUCAGUUGAAUUUUUGGAUUCAUGGGAAUGUUUUAUUUAUGCUGUGUUGAUAUCAGAAAUUGCUUGCCUUUGCUUUGUGCCAUGCUAUGAAUGCCAGUUAGCAGAUGCCAUAGACAUUUUGGUGUCAAAAUGUGUCAUACAAAACUAGCACAUCACAAGUGUCACAAUUUAAGAAAUGACAAAAAAGUUUCUCAUGCUCUCAUGUGCAUUAACCCAAAAUGUUAGAGUAAGGCCUGCUGUGUCAGCUCCGUUUAUUUAGCAGCAUUUGUUUAUUUUUCCAGCAGAAGUGGACACUGGUGUAUUCUGUAUGGUAGCACAGUCACUUUUUACCUGAAAGAUACUGGAUUAUAUUUCACUAUUGGCAAAUGUAAAGAUUAUUAUUUUUUAAAUGCAAUGAACAUUAAGAGGGAAAGAACUUUUAUUAUUGUUAUUUCAAGUAGUAUACACAAAUAAUAGGGGAGGUUGUUGUUUUGAUAACAGGCACCAUCGCUUUAAAUUAGGGAUCUGAGGCUAGCUGUUCAGAGUUAAAGGCUCAGAUCGUUUUCUUUUAAAUCAACGAUGUAAUAAUUCUCAUUUAUGUUUGUCAUUUGUUUGUUUAUCAAUAAACCAUUCCUUCAAAUGG